GCAUGUGCGUCCGCGAGCACUGUACAGAACAGAACGCACGUUAAGAGCGCGGAGGCUUCGCUCGGGUUUUGCGCGUGUUUAACGCGGUCGUUUUGCGCCAUGAAUUCGGAGAACCGAACCUGUGAUGGCAGGAGAGAGAUAGUGAAUGAGAGAAAACUGGAGAGAGAGAGAGAGAGAGAGAGAGAGAGAGAGAGAAAGAAAGAAAGGGGUGAUUGGUCUUAAACAGGGAGAAACGCUCCGACUGGCACCUUGGCACAGUUUAUCAAAACAGCUGCGCUGCUAUUCAGCAUCACAGCAUCAUUAAUCCACGGCAUGAGCGAGACCAUGUACGAGCGCGAGCUUCCCUCCGGUCGAAAAAUCUUGUGCGAUCGCUGCCCUCCAGGUUCCUACAUGCGGAAGCAUUGCACUGAAACGCAGCCUACCGAGUGCCGACGAUGCAACGAAGGCUUCUACACCGAGCACUGGAACUACAUCUACGACUGUCUCCCCUGCGACUGGUGUUCACAAGAUCAGGUUGUGACGCAGAAGUGCACCAGUUUCACUAACCGUGUGUGCGCAUGCAAAGAAGGUUUUUACUCGUAUUCGGGCGUCUGCCGGCCGCAUACGGUGUGCCCACACGGCUUCGGAGUCAAAGAGAAAGGAACUCCACACGAAGACACAGUGUGUGAGCUUUGCAAGAACGGCUACCACGCAGCAGGUGAGCCUGGAAACACCCGGUGCGUCCAAAACACAGUGUGCAAGUCAGAAGAGAAGCUCCAGAUACAUGGCAGCAACUGUUUGGACAACGUGUGUGUCACCUGCAAAAACAUCAUACAUCAAGGUUGGGUAAACCUCACCUACCAGUGCUUUCUAGAAAUCUUCAAGAGGCACAACAACCUAAAGCUACAACAGUUCGUUAAUGGCUUAGACAUUUUCGACAACGAGCAAGUAUUACACUCCAUCCCAGAUAAGGACGCCUGUAUUCACCACCUGCACCGGUGGUUCAGCAGGGCUUCAGAGGAACAAGUCCACAAACUUCCAGAUCAGCUCCAGAAGGCCGGUAUGAAGAACCUGUCGCAGAAAAUCAGGAACAGAAUCCACAAUAUCCAAAUACAAGUCAAUCUGUGCAACAACAAAGUCUCAAAUCAUAUAUGAUUCACUUCCUUCUUUAAAGCUUCUGUACUUUACCCUGAGGGGCGAAGAUAAAACAUCAUGGAUAUGAAUUAAAAAAUAGGCACUGAUUUUAUUUUUUUUAGUGUUUUUUGAUUUACAACUCUGUGUUUCAUGACUCUUUUUUUAUUAUUUAUGUUUUUUAUUUUCCCAAUUUUUAGCAAUUCUCAUUGCCUGUUAUUUUCUAGAGAUCUUUGCACUUCACAAAAUCUCACUUUAAACUGCUGAUGUACGCAAUGCUUCAUAAUGUGUUAGUAAUGUAUUAGUUUAUGUGUGUAC